AAUUCUCCAAAAUAAAGUCUAUAAAUUCUUAUUCAUUAAUUUAUUUCAUCUAAUUCAGUUACUUUUCUACAGCAUCAUCAUGAUUGAAGGGCCUAGAUUCUCAAGAAACUUCGAUUUAUUCGUUCCAAAACAUAAACAAAGUUGAUCAUCGUCCAUUACCUGAUAAACUAGCAGGAAUCAAAAAUAUAGUUCUUCUUGUCGAUACUACUUCUAAUGACAAUUUAGAUGAUCUAAUCAUCCAACCUAUUCCAACAGAGGGUCAAAUCCUAUACCAUGAUAAGGAAGAUAUUGAAUAUGAAGAAACCUCCCAAUUCUUAUUUGAUCAAGCUCAUAAAUUUGAUGACCCAAACAAUCCAUUAACUAUCACAUUACAAUUCAAAUUAGGUCUUGAAGAUGAUGGAACAUCAAUGAAUGAUUUAUUAUUGAGGGUCAAUUUCCUUACUCGAUUAGGAUACUUCAUAUUCAAAGUGUAUAUCUUCAAAAUAAUAGCAGAUAAGAAAAAGGAUAAGUUUAUAAUGCCACCAUUACAAUACUUUACAAAAUUGAAAUGCAUUGGUUUCCGAUUUGAUACUGAUGUAAUCCCAUCCGUAGACUAUGAGAAUGAUAGUUUUCGAUUUGAAGAGGCUAGAAUUGAUUAUUUUGAAAAAGUCGUGUAUCACAUUCCCAUAAUGAUUGACUGGUUAGGAGAAGAACUUGAAGAAUUACAUUUGGGACAAAAAAUAAGAGUAAAUGAAGAAACCUUUGUCGAAAAGAAGUUUCCCAAGUUAACAACUCUUGGAGUUGAAUGUUAUGAUUUUAUUACAAUGCACAAUUUUGAAAUCUUCAUUGAAAAGCAUGGAGAAGUUCUCCGGUGUUUAACAUUAAGAGGUCUGGGAUUCAGAAAAUUCGAGUGUCUUAAAGCUUUAGAAAAGAUGGUACUGAUUGCACAGGCUUAUACUCCGUCAGAAGAUUUCUGGAAACUUUCAAAGAUAUCUCUUAAAGAAAUUCACAUCCAUGGAUUUAGAUUUGCUAUUGGUACAGAUGGCUUUGAGGAACACAAGAAUUUCAAAAAAUUUGUUUGCCUGAUUUCUACAAUUGAACCGAAAAUGCCCUCUGUAUUUGAUUUCGAGAUCGAUUAUUUCAAAUCAAUUGGAAUUGAAACAACAGUAGUGCCAUUUAUGCCAUAUCAUCAACGUUCGAACAGUUAUCAAUUUAUGAAAUAUAAGGUUCACAUUUCAAAAGGACCACUCAAUUUUGCAAUUGAGAAUGAAAAAUACCGUCUGCAAAGAUUUGACGAAUGGGGAGCAUUAAUUUCAUAGUUGAUCUAUAAUAAUCCUAAAUAUAUUUCUUUAGUACUAAACUUUUUUGUGUGCGAAUUUUUGGAUUAUCAACAAAAAUGUCAAAAA